CUGAUUUGAUCUUACGCGUGACCCUGCGAAUUCUCCGAGUUUAAUGACUUUUAGAUGGUGUGGUACUAAGUGUGUGCGAAAAUGGGGGCUCGCGAGAUCAAAUGUAUUACAUACUCUCGGUGUAAAACUAAGUUUAUCAUGCAGUCGGAUGGGAUCAUCCUGGGGUCAGUUAGUUCCAGAAAACAAAGCAUUCUAUUCGGGGAAAUGGGAACCUUCCUUGUCUGGAAAAACGUUUUCGGUUGUGAAUCCGGCUACAGGUGAACAUUUAGGUUCAGUCCCAGCUUGUUCAAAGAAUGAAUGUGAAAUUAGCGUCAAUGUAGCUUCAGUCAGUCAAAAAGAAUGGAAAUUGAAAACGCCGGGAGAACGAUCGUCAGUUUUACGUAAAUGGGCAGAUACCAUUCGACAGAAUGUUGACUCAUUGACGGAUCUUAUUGUAGCUGAAAAUGGAAAAUCGUCAUUCGAUGCACGUAAUGAAGUUCUAUCAGGUGUUUCCGCUUUGGAAUGGUAUGCUGAGGAAGCUAAACGUGUUUUUGGUCUUUAUAUUCCAUCACUAAGCUCUCAUUCACGGCGUCAGCUAAUUGCUCAACAACCAAUUGGUGUUGUUGGUGUAAUUACUCCGUGGAAUUUUCCACUUUCUAUGGUAACACGAAAAGUUGGUGCUGCUUUGGCUUCAGGAUGCUCUGUAAUUAUUAAACCAGCUGAAGAUACUCCAUUAACAUCAUUGGCUAUUACUUAUCUUGGUAUUGAAAAAGCAGGAAUACCUCCAGGUGUUUUGAAUGUAAUCACAGCUGCAGUUGAUGACAAUGGAGCAGAAGAAAUUGGAAAUGUAUUGUGUACUCAUCCCGUUGUUCGUUUAAUUGGAUUUACUGGGUCUACAGAAGUGGGAACGAUGAUAUACGCCAAAGCCGCUAAUUAUGGUAAACGUGUUCUCUUGGAAAUGGGUGGUAAUGCUCCGUUUAUUGUUUUUGAUUCUGCGAAUAUUGAGAAAGCUGUCACUGGCGCAGUAGGAUGUAAAUUUCGUUGUUCUGGACAAACUUGUAUAUCAGCAAAUCGUAUUUUUGUUCAUGAUGAAAUACAUGACUUAUUUGUUAGCAAACUAACUGAGGCUGUUUCUCGUCUUCACAUGGGUAACGGUGCUAAUCCAAAUAUCAAUUUAGGUCCGGUUAUCAAUGAAAAAGCUUUAACUAAGAUUGAAAAAUUAGUUAAUCUAGCUGUAGAACAUGGUGCACAUGCAUUAAUUGGUGGUCAUAGUAGAUUAAAGGGUAAAAAUUCAUUUGGAUUUGAUUACUCCAAUGGUUAUUUUUAUCCGGCAACUGUUCUUUCGAAUUGUCAUACGAAAAUGGCAUGUAUGGAAGAGGAGGUUUUCGGUCCUGUUGCUUCAGUUUGCAGAUUCAAAAAUGAGGAAGAAUUGAUUGAAUUAGCUAAUGCAACACCAUAUGGCUUAGCUGGUUACAUUUACACUGAGAAUAUUAAUCAAGCUUGGCGAAUUGCAGAUGAAUUACAAGUUGGAAUGGUUGGUUUAAAUACAGGAUUUAUAAGUACUAUUGAAUUACCAUUUGGUGGAGUAAAAAACUCCGGGAUUGGGCGUGAAGGUGGACCAAAUGCUUUACAUGAAUUUAUGGAUAUUAAAACAAUCACUUGGGACAUAUCAAAUAAUUGAAAAGCUUAUUCAAUUUUUUUAUUUUCUUUUAUAUUGCCCAAUUUUUCCUCUCUUUUCAACGCAAUUAAUUUUGGUAACCUUAGUUGUGUUCUCCAAAGUUUAAUGAUACAACACUGUUAAAUUUUUAAUUUUUUUAAGCUACACAAAUUUUCAUCAUAAUAGAAUUACUUGAUGUUUCAAUUGUUCUCUAUCCAUUAUGUAUUCAAACUAUCAAAUCAAUUAGUUUUGAAAUGUUUGAUCAGCUUUCUUUCUUAUAGAAACUGGUUGUAUAUAAGUUUUACAAUUAUACUUUUGUGCAUGUUGUAUUGCGGGUCGUCGUUGUCCGAUGCUCAGAUACACGCUUCUUGUAUACGGUAUCAAUCUGUUACUCGUGUAAGGGAACCGACUGUAUGUAGGAAGCUUUUAUUGGCUAAAUGAAUCAACUGUAUAGAUCUUUAAAUCAACUCAUCCUCUAUAUACGUGGGUAUGAACCACGCUUCAAUUAUGAGGAGUAGUCAUUGUACUUCGUUGCUCAAACCGAAAUAGGUGGGGCUGGAACUUAGUGGUUGGAGGUUGAACGACCUAUUCACUAAACCAGUGCUUCAUCAAGUGUUAGCAUAACUUCAUUCAUUCAUUUCGAUGUGUUCCAUAGAAGCUUAAGCCAGUUUUUCGACUACUAAUGUAUAUCUGCUUUCUUCUGAAAAUCGAGCCAAAUUUCGACCGAAAGCUUGUGCUCACCAGCAGCUCUUACUAAUCGUUUGACCCUAAACUGAUGCGUCUGAUUAAUCCAGCUUAUCGAUAAAUUUAUGUAAUUUUACUGGUAAAAAAACAGUCAUCUAAGUUCAAUUUCCUAUGGGAACAGAACAAGCUUUCAACUCACCACA